AUGUCUACAACCACCAUCAGCCUGAGCAUGACUUCAACCUCAUGCCAGUGUCCACAAUGCGGAUUCAACCUGGAAAACCAGUCUGCCAUCGCCCUAGACGCCCAAAACCAAAUCGACGACCUCCAGGCGCAAGUCCGUCUGCUUAACCAAAAAGCGACCGCAGCAGUGGACAAAUGGGCCGACUACGAAGAUGAGAUCCAAGCCCUACGAGCACAAGCACAACAGCAAACCCAAGCCCAACUGCAACCACAACCCUCCAGCCCACAACGCGAACAGCGCUCCGACAGCCCCAGCCGCUUCUCCGGCUACCUGCCCGUGCAAAACCGACUCUCCUCCUUCCUGACCUCCCGCAAAUCCACACCAAACCUAGCACAGGCACAAGCCCAAUCACAACCGCCGCCCAGCCCGUCAGCUGUCGAACUCACAGCCGCGUUAACGAGAGAGCAGGCAUUACGGCAAGCGGCCGAGGGGAAACUGGACGAAGCGAGUGGGGAGCUGGAGGAGUUGAGCGCGCAGUUGUUUCAGCAGGCUAAUGAGAUGGUUGCGACGGAGCGGAAGGCGCGGGCGAAGCUGGAGGAGAGGGUUGAGGUGCUGGAGCGCAGGGAUGGCGAGAAGAGGAAGAGGUUGGAAAGGUUGGAAGGUGCUGUGCAGAGGAUUGAGCGGCAAGAGCAACAGCAGCAGCGAAAGUGUGAAUCGAGAAGCAGGUUUACAGUGAGGGAGCGUGGGGGAAGGUUGGUGGUGAGGGGUAUUAGGAGAUAUGUUAGGUUGAGGACUGGUUGGAGGUUUAGGAGGCGGAAGACUUAUUCGCAUUCGCAGACGCGGAAUACAGAUAUGGGCGAGACAUCGAAUUACUACCCCUCGCGAUUCCGACAUCCACAUAUACCACCACCGGACCUCCUCGAUCACCUACCUAGUCUACCUCUCAAGACCCCCGACUUCGAGCUCUGGAUCAACGAGCUCUGGCACGACUUCCUCAUCGAACCUACACCAUAUCUAGUUGCAUCAACCAUCACAUAUCUAGGCUUCAUAUUACUCGUCGGCCAGUAUUGGGAGGUUAUGUGGAAGGUAGAGUGGUUUUUGGUUAAGCUGUUCGUGCCGUGGGAUGAUGAGAGUGGGUUUUGA